AUGAAAGUUAGAAGAUAUUUUGAUGACUUGGAAAAUUUAUUCACUGAUUGUAAUAUCAAUAAUGAAUUAGACAAAAAGAAGUGGACAGUGAGGUAUCCAGAAGAACAAGUAGCUUGGGAAUGGAAAGCUAUGUCUGAGUACAGCACUGCUACAAGCACAUUUACAGAGUUCAAGAAAGUAGUUUUGAGUAGUUACCCAGGAGCUACUGAUGAAGAACGGGGAACUAUGAGAGAAUUGAACCGUUUAUUCAAAAAGUACAAAAAUAUUGGAAGUGAUGACUUGGAUGAAUACAUGGCCCUUGUAAGAAGAUUUAGAGCAGUAAAGAAAGAGCUU